AUGUUAAAGCGCGGCGGAUUCGUAUUACGGAAAUGGGCGAGCAACUCGCCCUCUCUUCUCGAGGACAUCGAAAUCGCAGAUCACGGUCUAGCCACGAACAAACCUCUGUCUGAAGAGGAACAAAUCAAAAUCCUCGGAAUCGGGUGGAAUCCGAAAAACGAUAUUUUCGAGUUUCGCGUGUCGCUGGCUGAUAAUGCCCCAAAAACAAAGCAUACGAUCUUGUCCGCAAUCGCCAAAUUCUACGAUCCGCUCGGAUGGGUCACUCCGGUUACGAUUACCGCAAAAAUAUUUAUGCAGCAACUCUGGCGACUUAAAAGCGAUUGGGAUGAUGUUAUUUCCGAGCCACACAUAGCCAAAUGGAGAGAAAUUUACUCUCGGCUCUCGCAUCUCAGUAAUUCGCGAAUCACGCGCUGGGUCGGUCUCGGAUCGAACACAAAUCACGCCGAAAUACAUGGAUUUGCUGACGCAUCGACACAUGCAUAUGCCGCAUGUGUUUAUAUCAAAAUCAUUUCGUCAUCAGGUCAAAUCACGACAACUUUGCUCGUCGGUAAAUCAAAGGUUGCGCCGUUAAAAUCUCUGAGCAUACCACGACUCGAAUUAUCCGCAGCAUUAUUACUCGCACGACUUGUCGAGUUCGUUCGCGGGUCGAACGGUUACAAGGAUAUUCCGUGCCAUUGCUGGACAGAUUCCACGAUCGUGCUCGCGUGGUUAAGUCAACCUCCUUCGCGAUGGAAAACUUUUGUCGCCAAUCGCGUUAAUGACAUUCAGACUCGUCUUCCAGACGUCGAAUGGCGGCAUGUGCCAACGGAGGACAACCCCGCGGAUUGCGCUUCGCGCGGAGUAUUUGGCGAUGAAAUUAUCAAUCGCGAGCUAUGGUGGCAUGGUCCUCCAUGGCUGUUCUUCGAUUCCGAUAAAUGGCCGUGUAACAAUGAGCGUCUUCCCGAGGAAACGCCUCUUGAAGAAAAAAUUAAUUCGCUGCAAUGCUCUCAACCUUACGUUACGUGGAACCUCGUUUCAAGAUAUUCAUCGUGGCCAAAAUUAAUUCGCGUCACCGCGUAUCUCAUCAAAUUCAUAAGCUCAUGUGAUCGUAAUCGCUCGUCGUCGUUCUCGCUUCUGUGGUCUCACUAUCCAGCAUCGAGAAGCAUCGCGCUUUCUGCAUCCGACAGCAAUACUGCCAGAAUUUUCUGGAUAAAGAAAAUUCAAGCCGACGUAUUUCCGACGAAGAUACACGAGCUGUCAAAAAAUCAGAGCCUCUCGUCGAGAAGCUCACUUCUCUCACUUCGACCGUUCCUCGAUCGGGACGGAAUUCUACGCGUGGGUGGACGGCUUAACAAAGCCCCAUUGCCAAUGCCGGUUUGA